CUAACAAAGUUCAAUAGGCGUAUCGGUGGAACGUUAAACAUUUAAUAGCCAUCAUUUUUAGAGCACACGUCUGGUUUUCCCGAAUGGUAAAAAAAAAAUUGCGCGCACUGAUAAAGUCUAGCGGGGCGCAAGAACUGAGAAACGGAAACUACAAUGUCCGAGAAUCAGCAGCCAGUGGUUAGUAGAACCCAGCCAGUCGUCGACUACGGCAGUACGAUCCGGACGGAAUCGCAGCGCCGACCCACAUUUAUUCCGAUCGAAUCUCCGCGACGCUAUUCGAAAAUGUCACACAGUUCGCUUUCGGGCCAUGAGGGUCAGAACCGCCUCCAGAGAUUGGAGUACUUUCUGAAUGUCCUGAAUCAGAUGUGCAUUGGAUUUGUCACCAUCUAUAUCUCUUACUUGACCCUGCGAACUGGAUUAUCCAAUACCACCAGUCUGCAUGCCUGGCUCGUGACUAUCGGGUUCUCCUUCUUCAUGGCCGAGGGAGUUAUGAUCCAUUACGGUGGAAAUGUCUUGACAAACGGAUAUAAACGCCAGACGAAGACCACAAUUCAUUGGGUAGUUCUGACAUUGGGAGGCGGUUGUGGGGCAGCUGGAGCUCUUAUCAAAAUGAUUCAGAAGGGGUUUCUGCUUCAAUCCACACAUGGGAGGCUGGGAAUGACUGCUUUCGUACUGUGCAUUCUGUCCAUGUCCUCCGGCUUGCUGGCACUAUUCUCACCUCGUAUGAAGAAACUGAUUACACCACUGCUAAACAAGACUUUCCACAAUUUCCUGGGAUUCACCUGCUUUGUAAUCGCACUGGUAACCCAGUAUUACGGCUACCAGACGGGAUACUUCAAGAGUCGAAUUGAGACAGAUUUUCAAAUCCUGAUGAAGGUCAUCACUCUCACAUCGUUGGUUCUGUCGAGCUAUGGACCCAUGAAGGCACUCUAUCAAAAGUUCAAAAAUAUAUCCCAGCAGUUUUAAGUAGAAUAAAGAAACUUUUCUUUCGAAUGUACAGACAUAUGUAGAUAAAUAAAUGUAAUAUCUGUUAAUAUCUUA